AUGGGAGCUCUAUACGUAGACGCACACUGCCACGUCACAACGAGUGUCGAAAGACAAAAUGUAGCGCUAAAAGUGCCAGAAGUUGCGAUUGAGCGAUGCUUUAUGUCCAACAACACGUUCGAUUGGCACCAGGUAAAAUGUUUGGGUUCUAGCGACCAAAAGGGUCUCAGUUCGAUCGGGUUUGGCGUGCAUCCUUGGUACAGCCACUUAUAUUACACUGGCGAGGUGCCUGCCACAGCCCAAGGUCAUUACCAACAGGUGCUUCAAGGUGGGAGCGCAGAGGAGCUGGAGCAGGUGAUCGCGCAGUUACCGCCUCCAACCGGUCUCUCAGAAUACAUAGCGAAUGAGUUCGAUCCGGCGCGUGUGUGCUGUGUAGGUGAGAUCGGACUCGACAAGCUGUUCCGGCUGCCUGGAAAUGGAUUCUAUCAGGGCGACCAGCGCGCACCCCUAGGCCGGGUGCGCGUGAGAAUAGAGCACCAAGUUCAAAUCUUCAAGAAACUGUGUGCGCUGGCCGUAAAACAUUCUUUACCGGUCUCAGUUCACUGCGUGAAAUGCCCCAGCCUCAUGUAUGACCUGUGCAAGGAGCAUCUGCUACCGCACGCAGGCGUCAAAAUCUGCUUGCACUCAUUCACAGGAUCUCUAGAGACGCUUGAGAGUUUCUGGCUGGCCCAGUUCCCUCAUGAAAGGCUGUUUGUUAGUGUGUCCCGUUACAUUAAUUUCAAAGCCGUCGAGUCGGGCCUCCAGCUGCUGCAGAAGCUGCCGCUCAAGUGUGUUCUCACAGAAACAGACUUCACCUGGGAUACCACGGAACCGGACCGGCUUUUGCAAGAACUUGAAUUCCUGGUUCAACAAGUUGCGGAAGCAUAUCAGCUGGACUCUCCCGAAGUUGCAAAGGGCGCUAUUUAUCAAAACUUUCAACGUUUCAAAGGCCAUUAA